GCAGUCGGUUCUGCCUACUGACCUUGGAGAAAACUGCGAGGGAGGUAGGCCGGGGAGGGAGGAGAGAAACAGGGAGAAGGAGGUAGCACACUGAGUUUCAGCACUGCAGAUCUUCCUGUCUGCCUUCAGCCGCUCUUUCUCUCAGUUUGCUGGUGAAAGACAAAAAGCAUUGAGAGGAGGGAGGAGGAGAAUUGUGAAAGGAGUCUUUUUACUGAUGAUGGACGAGGAUUUCUUUCUUUUUAACUAAUCUUUAAAGCUCCUGCGGCCUGGCUGAGGAUUCCUCCAAUCUGUGAACCGAUGGGCAUGUGACAUCACCCCCUCCGCCCCAUCUCUCCCUCCUUACAUCAGUGCAUCUGGCCAAUCAGUGCUCAAGGAGAUCCGGUCACAUGAGAAUCCCCCCCAGUCUUGGUUACCAUGACAACGAGCACUGGUCCAGGCAGCAUCUUGCUGUGGUGAGAAAAGAGGAGGUGGAGGGGGGAAGAAGGCAGGAGGAGAGGCAGAAAGAGAAGAGGAAAGGGAGGAAGGAAGAUAGAAAGACAACAAUUCCAUUCUGAGGAAUAGCUUUUGGAUCUUCAGCUUGUUCCUGUCUUCAUUCAGUACAAAUGAAGAUUCCUGAGGCUGGGAGUUAAAGCUCUCUAGCAGAGAGAGGGUUUUUCCAGAGCUGAGGCUGGACCCAGAAGCCCCUUUCUGGGGGUGAGGGGACCUCACAGCCCGGGAGUUAGUCUGGACCAUGGGAGAUGGAGGUGCCGGUGCGGCUGGAGGAGAUGGGGUGAAUCAGUCCCAUGUCCUGUUUGACAACUUUGUCCAGGCGACUACAUGUAAGGGCAUUCUCAAGGCCUUCCAGGAGCUAUGUGACCACCUGGAAGUAAAGCCCAGUGAUCACAGGAUCUUCUAUCACAAACUCAAGUCCAAACUCAACUACUGGAAGGCCAAGGCCCUCUGGGCCAAGCUAGACAAGAGGGCCAGCCACAAGGAGUACAAGAAGGGCCGUGCCUGUGCCAACACAAAGUGUCUGAUCAUUGGUGCGGGGCCAUGUGGCUUGCGUACAGCCAUCGAGCUCGCUUUCCUGGGGGCCAAAGUUGUGAUUCUGGAGAAGAGAGAUGCCUUUUCUAGAAACAAUGUGCUGCACCUCUGGCCCUUUACCAUCCAGGAUCUCAGGGGUCUCGGGGCCAAAAAGUUCUAUGGGAAGUUCUGUGCUGGUGCUAUCGAUCAUAUCAGUAUUCGGCAGCUUCAGCUUAUGCUUCUCAAAAUGGCACUCCUGCUGGGCAUCGAGAUCCAUGUGAACGUAGAGUUUAAAAGCCUUAUUGAGCCUCCUGAAGAUCAGGAAAGUGAAAGAAUUGGCUGGAGAGCUGAGAUCCACCCUAGGACACACCCCGUCAGCGAGCUGGAGUUUGAUGUCAUCAUUGGAGCAGAUGGAAGGAGAAACACGUUACCAGGGUUUCGGCGCAAGGAGUUCCGGGGAAAGCUCGCCAUCGCCAUCACUGCUAACUUCAUUAACAGGAACACAACGGCAGAGGCAAAAGUUGAAGAGAUCAGCGGCGUGGCCUUCAUCUUCAAUCAGAAGUUCUUUCAAGACCUCAGAGAAGCAACCGGCAUUGACCUGGAAAAUAUCGUCUAUUACAAGGAUGACACGCAUUACUUUGUGAUGACUGCCAAAAAACAGAGCCUGCUGGAGAAAGGAGUCAUUCUACAUGACUAUGCAGACACCGAGCUUUUGCUCUCCAGAGCCAACGUAGACCAGGCUGCCUUGCUGUCUUAUGCACGUGAAGCUGCAGAUUUUUCAACCAACCACCAGCUGCCCACACUGGACUUUGCCAUCAACCAUUACGGCCAGCCUGAUGUAGCAAUGUUUGACUUCACCUGCAUGUAUGCUUCAGAAAAUGCCGCCAUGGUGCGCCAACGCAAUGGGCACAAGCUGCUAGUGGCGCUUGUUGGCGACAGCCUGUUAGAGCCCUUCUGGCCCAUGGGGACUGGCAUAGCCCGAGGUUUCCUGGCAGCCAUGGACUCGGGCUGGAUGGUGAAGAGCUGGGCCCAAGGAAAAACCCCUCUUGAGGUGCUGGCUGAGAGGGAGAGCAUAUACCGCCUUCUGCCUCAGACCACACCAGAAAAUGUCAGUAAGAACUUCAGUCAGUACAGUGUGGAUCCUACGACUCGUUACCCCAACAUUAGCCUCAACUUCCUCAAACCUAGCCAAGUGCGGCACCUGUUUGACACAGGGGAGUGCAGGGAAGUUCGCAUCGAAAUCGAGAACGUGAUCAACUCAUCAACCCCCAAGUUGGCCAGGAAUGACAACUGCCUGCUUGACAAGCAGUUGCAAGAAUCCAUAGCUCGGUCCAGUAAGCUGCUCAACUGGUGCCAGAGGCAAACAGAGGGCUACAGGAAUGUUAAUGUGACAGACCUCACCAUGUCUUGGAAGAGCGGCCUGGCCCUUUGUGCCCUAAUUCACAGAUACAGGCCUGAUCUUAUUGACUUUGAUUCCCUGGAUGAACGAGACCAGGAGAAGAACAACCAGUUAGCUUUUGACGUGGCAGAAAGGGAAUUUGGCAUCUCACCAUGCAUGACGGGCAAGGAGAUGUCCUCUGUGGUGGAGCCAGACAAACUCUCUAUGGUCAUGUACCUCAGUCAGUUCUAUGAGAUGUUUAAGGACACAGUGCCACCUGGAGAUAACCAAAAUCUGAGUCCAGAAGAGAAGGCUGCGUUGAUAUCGAGCACAAAGUCUCCCAUAUCUUUCCUUAGCAAGCUGGGUCAGAGCAUAGCAAUCUCCAGAAAACGAAACCCCAAGGACAAAAAAGAGAAGGAUUUAGACGGGAAGAGAAGGAAAACCAGCCAGUCUGAAGAUGACGAGGUAUCGAGGACCAAUCGUGACGACCGGCCAUCUGUUCCUGCGAUCCUGUCGGAGAGAAAAAUGGAUUCUGCUGCUGUGGGGAACAACAACAAAGUGAAGGUCAUGGCCACCCAGCUGCUUGCUAAGUUUGAGGAGAAUGCUCCCACUCAGCCUACAGGACUCAAACGACAGGCCAGAAGUGGCGCAGACCAGCUGUACAGCUCGGGCUCUCGGAGCUGCCCAAAGAAAACCAUUCUGCUCCCUUCUUCCUCCUCCACUUCCUCGCUCUCUCUCCACUCAGAGCAUGAAAGUAAAAGUCUGGAAGAAGAGGAACUUGAAUACUAUGAAAGGCCUCUGGCACACGGGGAGUGGAUGCCACUGCACCCAACUGACCCAGGACCCAUUCGCAUACCUGGUAUACAGGAGAGGGCUGAGCGCUUAAUCUCCAGGUUUAAAGGCAAACCCGAUAAACUACCAAAGCCUAAGAAAAAGCCGUCCCGUUUCUUUUUAGAGCAGUGGUACAUGUCCCGAGGCCUGACUGGGGCUCCUGGUUCACCACUCUCCUCUCUUGACUCUGCCAGAAAGAAGCCAGCAAAGCCUCUGGACUCUGAUGGCCAAAUGCCCUUGUGUGUGCUUAGUAUUCAGGAGAGGGCUGAUCAACUUGCUUUACAAUUUGAGGGCAAGCCAGUCAAACAACAGCCUAAGAAAAAGCCAUCACGCUUUUUUAUGGAACAGUGGCGCCUGGCCAGCCCCCAGAGUCCCCCUGAUUCUCCCCCCACCACGUCUGACACCUUGAGACAGCAGUAUGUAAGGAUGUACACAGGGGGCGUUAGCUCAUUGACCGAGCAGAUAGCCAGUCAGCUUCAGUCUCCCAAGCCCACACAUGUACCUGAAAAGAGGGAUUUGGGCUCGCUCAGGAAAGAAUUCCCUGUCAACAUCGGAGGCAGCGAUGUUUGUUUCUUCUGCCGAAAACGCGUGUACGUGAUGGAAAGGCUGAGUGCCGAGGGGAAGUUCUUCCAUCGCAGCUGUUUCAAGUGCGACUACUGCGGCACGACUCUACGACUGUCCUCUUAUGCGUUUGACGUCGAGGACGGAAAAUUUUACUGCAAGCCCCACUACUGUUACCGCCUGUCUGGGUAUGCUCAGAGGAAGAGGCCUGCUCCCUCUGCUGCUCCAGUCACAGCCAAGGAGAAUCAGACCCCCCAAAUACCUACUACGACCGUGGAUGCCCCUGGAAGGGCGAUGGCAGCAGCUGCCCCCUCGGCUGACCUCCAACCCUCAGUGCUGGAAGUGAACGGCCUGCAGGAACCGAGCCUAGCUAAACGCCUGAAGGGAACUCCAGAACGCAUUGAGCUGGAGAACUACCGUCUGUCCCUGCAGAGGGAGGAGGAGCUGGAGGAGGUGCCUGAGGAGACGCUGGCGGAGCACAAUCUGAGCAGUGUGCUGGACAAGGCCACAGAUGCUGACCUGGGUUCUAGUAGCUCAGAGUCAGACAUGGAAGAGGAGGACGAGCAGGAGGAUCAAGAAGAGGCGGAGGAGCAGCCUCCCAGCCCGUCAGACCUCGGCGGCGUUCCGUGGAAGGAGGCGGUAGAGCUCCACGCCAAGCUGAGGGGCGAUCACUGCGAGGAGGGAGAGGGUGAAGCUUUGGCUGACACAGGCAGCAGAGAUGGGGAAGUAGAUGAAGAGGACGAGGAGGAGGAGGAUGAAAAUGAGGCCGAAGAAGAUGAGGAGUCGAGCGAAGAGGGGGAUUACUGGCCCUGGGAUAGAGAACUCCAGUCAGGCCUUUGGCUGGAGAAGUACCUUACAGACGAAGAGGAUGUUGGUACAUUUAAAGCGAGGAGUCUCCACAUCCAACAAGUCCUGCAGCCUGUGGAUCCCAGCGCCAUUCCAGGUUUGAGAGCACAUCUGGAGUCUGAGGGAGACAAGGAUGAUGGCCAGCUGGCCUCAGCCUCCCAACUCUCCCAGCCCUCUGAGCUCACGCAGCCCUCCUCUGCAGCCCCUGCCCACACGUCCGCCCGACACGAGGCAGUGAGAGUCUGGUUGGAGUCCCUGUCUGGAGAGCCCUGCGAAGAUGAAGUACUCGAAGCCGAAGCAGACGGUCCAGAUAUGGAGCCUGGCACAGAGAUGGAUCAGGAUGACAUCCCUUCGGAUGCGGAAGCUGAGGCUCGUUUGCACCAGUCGGAGCACGAUGAAGCGCUUCCCGAGGAAGACAAGAAAUCGGAAAGCUUGGCAACAGCUUCCAGUAUGGAACCAUCCAGCAUCGGCCUGCUGCAGAAGGACGAUAUCGUUCUUUUUCCGCUUAAACCAUCCCCAGAACCUGAAACCCAGAUAAGUCCCGUAAAAUCUCCUGGUCUCCGCUUUUUUCCUGAUCCUUUCAUACCUGAGGAAACAAAGCCAGAAAAGAUGACUCCAUCUCCAACUUCCAGGAGCCCGCUGUGCCCUUCACCUGCUCCUGUCCAGCAGUUGUCUCCUGUUCCCUCACCUACUAAUGCUGCUGCUUCUACACCAGUUAAAACCCCAACUUCUGCUUCAUCUCCUCCUCUUUCACCCACUAAACCACCUGCUGCCUCUCCACUACAGCCACCCAGUGAGUCACCUCUCAAGUCACCAGUGAGCUCACCAAUUUGCUCCCAGCCUACACCCCUGCCCGAAACUGAAGGACCUAAAUCUCCCGUCUUUCCUCACCGCUCCAUUUGCCCUCUCACAGGAAACCCCCUCUCCCCGAUCUGUGCCCAGCCGCUGCCCUGCCAUGAACCCUCAUCACCCCUCACCUCUGAUUCUCCCGUCAGAACUCAGCCCGUCCCUGCAGUCACUUCAACGCCCUUGGCUAAAACCAACACGGCCACGCCAGAGCCUUCAAAUUCCUCAACAGAAGAGACGCCGUCUAAAAAGACGGAUAUCAUUGAGGAGUUCUGGUUGAAGAGUGCUGAGAUAAGAAAGAGCCUCGGUCUGACUCCUUUGGACCGCAGUAGUAAAAUCUUAGAAAGGAGUGUUGUUGAGACUCCACCUCAGGACUCCAACUUCGCUAAGACACAAACGGCAGACGUGUCCAGGGAACAGAAGCCUGCCUUCACUGGCCGGGCUGUCAUUCGCAGACUCAACAUCACUCUCGAGGGUCAGGUCAUUACUCCUAUCGCUCCUGUUGAGCCCAAGAGCGAUGGCUCUGAUAAAAGAGACAUCAGCAGCAGCUCAGGCUUGGGCUUGAAUGGAAGUGUGGCCACAAGCCAGACGGUAAACAGUGACGGCUAUAACACGUCCGACUCGGCUAUGCUGACACCACCUUCCAGUCCGCCACCACCCGUGCCUGCUAAUCAGUCUCCAGCCGUGCUCAGGCAGCAGAGACACCAGGUGUCCUGGACCAACGGAACAGAAAAACUUCCAUCUGAGCAUGCCAAAGAGCCAGCAAAAGCCACUACCCCUGUUCCUGCACCCAGGACCCAGCUGAGCCCCGUAUCUGUGCCCAAACCAGCACCCAGGAAGGUCUCCUCACCUCAGGCAGCUCCAGAAACAACCCCGGUGGUCGUGAUGAGGGAGAAGAAGAGGGAGAAGCCACGGCCGCAGGAGACGAGGAAGUCAUUUGUGGAGACGGUGGAGGAGAUUCCUUUUGCUGACGAUGUGGAGGAGAGCUACGACGACCGGACACCAGACACAAGCAUGAACAGGUAUUACACUCCGCCCACGAGCAAGCCGAGCAGGGAAAAACCUCCCCUUCAUCUGGCACUAGCAAUGGAAAAUGGUAAACCCAAUAUCCCAGUCAACCCAGUCUCUAAGACCCAGAGGGCAACUCAGUUCUCUCCAGAAGCCAGGGAGAUUGCAGAGGAGAGGAUAAGGGCCAGAGAAAAAUCUGUCAAGAGCCCGGCUCUAAAAGAAGCUAUGGCCAAACAGUUGAGCAAAAUGAAAGAGUCCGAUGGGGAAAAGGGCGCCUCACCUAAAGUGGCCUGGAAUGUAACACCAGACACUGUUGGAAAAAGUAAAAAGUCAGCUGCAUCUCCAAAGACAUCAGCUGUGAAAGCUUUAGAGUCAAAGAAGUCCGAGGCCCUGUCCGAGCGUUUCUUUAGCAGUAACAAGAGCCUGGACAGCUCGGUGGCUUCGUCAGACGGCUCCUCUACAAGUAAAAGUAAGAAACGAAGCUCCCUCUUCUCCCCGCGGAAAAACAAGAAGGAGAAAAAAGCCAAGAACGACAGCAGCAGGCUCUCGGGCGCAGAUGAGACGCCUCCAAAACACAAGUCUCUGUGGAAGGCUGUCUUCUCAGGGUACAAGAAGGACAAGAAGAAGAAGGAUGAUAAGUCGUGCCCGAGUACACCGUCGUCCAGCUCCACUACUCAGGACUCUGGGAAGAGAAGGACAUCACCUCCUGGGAGAUCUUCGGUAGACUUGAAAACGCGUAGAAACCUGAGUUUCUCUGAAGAUUCCGACCUGUCCUGUGACGAUGUUCUGGAGAGAUCCUCCCAGAAGUCCAAAGCAGAUAGGCAUGUGGACAUCUUUGACCUAGUAUCAGGCAUGCAGAAGGAGGCAAUAAAGGAAGAGACACUGGAAAAGGAGAGGAGGAGGGAGUUGAAGGAAAAAAGGGGGGUGAAAGAGAGGCAUAAAAAAAGGGGACAGGAGAAGGAGGUUAAGCGAGAAAUGGAGAAAGACGACGAGGAGUCUGUUUAUGUCCCUCACGCACUGGCGUUCAAGAGAUCGUAUGCCACAAAGAAAACCUACACGGAGGAAGAGCUUAAUGCCAAGCUGACGCGUCGAGUCCAAAAAGCUGCACGACGACAGGCCAAGCAGGAGGAACUGAAGCGGCUCCACAGAGCCCAGAUCAUCCAGAGGCAGUUGGAGCAGGUGGAGGAGAAGCAGAGGCAGCUGGAAGAGAGGGGCGUAGCUGUGGAGAAAGCUUUGAGAGGAGAAGCAGUUGAGCCCUUUGUGGGGAUGCCUCGCCGAAGACCGCUCUCCUUCUGCCCCUGCUGUUCCCCUGAAGGUAUGGGUAAGAAAGACGAUCCUAAACUAAUGCAAGAGUGGUUCAAGCUGGUGCAGGAGAAAAAUGCCCUAGUCCGCUACGAGUCCGAACUCAUGAUAUUUGCCAGAGAGUUGGAGCUGGAGGACAGACAGAGCCGACUGCAGCAGGAACUCAGGGAACGGAUGGCCAUGGAAGACCACCUGAAAUCUGAGAAGGAACUGGCUGAGGAGAAGCAGAUCCUGAAUGAGAUGUUGGAAGUGGUGGAGCAACGAGAUGCCCUGGUUGCUCUCCUGGAGGAGCAGAGACUUCGAGAGAAGGAGGAAGACAAGGACCUGGAGGCUGUUAUGCUCUCUAAAGGCUUUAACCUCAACUGGGCUUGAUGUGAGGGGAAUCAUUUCAAGUUUUCGACUGCUCGUAGGUGCUCUCAGUCUCACGUGGGCGUCUUUGAUGUGGAUAUAUCUGCUGAACUUUGACACAGGCAUUUGGCCUAAAACUGUCACACCUAGAGCAGCGAAUGUGUGAAGAACCCCAACAACAUAAUAUGUACACUACGGCUGCCUGUGAUGUUGGAGCAGUCUGCAGCGUUUACAUAUCCCCUGCCCAAAGGCAGUACAUGUUAAUCACUUUGCAGUUAUGCUUGCUGUCUCAGUCUGUGGGUGGAGACGUGGUGUGUAUAUUCACAACUUUAACAUCUCAACCUUGAAAAUUGUGGCGGGGGGUUAGGAGAGCGUUUAAAGACUUUGUUCUCCACUAUUUAAAGGGAAGAAUGAGGAUUGGUCCUGCUGAUGUACAGGAAUUGUAAAAACAAAAAUGGGAGGGGGUAUAAUCGAGUCCCAUUUUCAGUAGAUGAGGGUCCUCGGUCUUAGUGCUGCAGAGGUGUGUUUUAAAUGUCAGAGCAAGGUCUCCUAGCUCGCUCUUUUCAGUCCGACUGUAGAACGGACUCUGCUGAAGCUGCCUUUUUUCUCCCUAGUGACAAACUCACAUCAGCAUCCUUCAGAAACCACAAAUGCAUCAUAAAACGCUCCAGGGUUGUUGUUGUUUUCUUUCCUUUCCCCCUGCAGAGUCUGUCACCACUAUGAAUCCAUUAAAUAUGUUCAUGUUUAUGUAUUUAUUAUCAUGUUUUGCUUUUAACAGUUUAAAAAAAUGGUUUUGUUUUAAUUUUAUUUGUAUUCACAGGAGAGUGCCCAGAAUCUCAUUAUCUCGCAUAUCUCUUUUGUAUCUCGCAUACAUGCCGCUGCAUGUCAGGAAUUAUGGCUUCAGGCACAUAGAAGACUUGGAUGCAAAUAUUUAAGCAUUUCACAUGAGUUGAUGAUGAUGAUGGGCCUCUCUGUGAGCUCUCAUUGGCUGUGUAUCACACUGACCGUUAACGUUUACAAGUAUUUGUUCACAUUUUGGUUCCUGCUUUGUUAAACAGUAGAAACAAUCCUCGGGAUAGACUGUAUUAACAAUGGGAUGUUACUAACGACCUGAUGUUACUGUUGUUAGUAUGGGAGGACUUACUGUGGGGAAGAGAGAACACUACACAACUAUAUACUGCAGUGUUAAUACUUUAGCUUUGAAAAAGAUGCCUUUUCAUUUCCAUUCUAUAAACGUAAGUUUUUUUUCUUGUUUAGAUUUUUUUGAGGUAUCCAAUAAUCACAUCUGUGUGUUCCACUGGAGCUCUUUUUUUAAAACAACACUUUUCUACAGCAGGUCCCCAAACUACACAUAAAUGGGACCCUAAAGAACUGCACAAGCUGCAUUGAAUGAGAAUAUUGGUUUGGUUUAUCCGUUGGACAUCCUCGGCGGACUAGUAGGCCUCUUUGCCAACUGUACAAAUCCAGGUGGGCACUGUUUUACAGUGUAGAAAUGUCAGAGGCUAUAUUUAUGACUUGUUUGGAGCUGUGAAUAUUACACAAUUUUAUGGGCUGUUGUUUUAGAUUGUGUGUUCCAAGGUUGACAUGAUUGUAUUGAUAUUUAUUAACCUGUGCAAAUUGUAUCAUAUGUAAAGAAAGUGAAUCCUAAUUUUUAAAACUACUCUGUCGACAAACGACUUGUAAUGUAAAUGCUUCAUGUAGCUAAAAUUCAUAGGGGUGUUGGAUGUAUGCUGAAGACGGCAAUAAACGAUGCAGUUCUUUUA